AAUUUUUUUUCUUUGAUCUUCAUAUGCUAAACAUCUCAAUCUUCUCAACAACCCUCUAUUCUCAAGUUUCCCACCACCUUCUUCAAUGGGCGUAAAUGCUUCCAAAAAUAAGUAAAAUACGGAAGAAAGAAUCCAAAUUGAAUGAAGCCUCGUUUGUAAUUUUGUUGCGGAGACUGGAGACACCACAAGAGACUACUGCUCACAUUUCACAUAUCUUUUGCCUUUUUCAUUUGUCUUCAACCAUUCUACUCUCUUCUUGUCUAAGAUAAUGGGAGCUAUCUCAGAUUCCAAGUGGUUUCUUCUGUGCAUGUGGGUGUUUCUGUGUAUUCAGCUGACCCAGUGUAGUGUAACCUAUGACAGGAAGGCUCUUAUCAUCAAUGGGCAGAGGAGAAUUCUCUUCUCUGGGUCUAUCCACUACCCCAGAAGCACCCCUCAAAUGUGGGAAGGCCUCAUACAGAAGGCCAAGGAUGGGGGCUUGGAUGCCAUAGAUACAUAUGUGUUCUGGAACCUUCAUGAACCUUCUCCUGGGAAGUAUAACUUUGAGGGGAGAUAUGAUUUAGUUCGGUUCAUCAAGCUGAUCCAGAAAGCUGGGUUAUAUGUGCAUCUUCGCAUUGGGCCUUACAUUUGUGCAGAGUGGAAUUUUGGGGGUUUUCCUGUUUGGUUGAAGUUUGUUCCAGGCGUUAGCUUCAGAACAGAUAAUGAGCCUUUCAAGAUGGCAAUGCAAAGGUUCACCCAGAAAAUUGUCCAAAUGAUGAAAAAUGAGAAGUUGUUUGAGUCCCAAGGUGGCCCUAUCAUCAUCUCUCAGAUUGAGAAUGAAUAUGGCCAUGAAAGCAGGGCAUUUGGAGCUCCUGGGUAUGCAUACCUGACUUGGGCUGCAAAGAUGGCCGUUGCAAUGGAUACAGGGGUGCCAUGGGUUAUGUGCAAGGAAGAUGAUGCCCCUGAUCCAGUGAUUAACACGUGCAAUGGUUUUUAUUGCGACUAUUUCUCUCCAAACAAACCAAAUAAGCCCACACUAUGGACCGAGGCUUGGUCUGGCUGGUUUACUGAAUUUGCUGGCCCAAUUCAACAACGGCCGGUUGAAGAUUUGUCAUUUGCAGUCACCCGGUUCAUUCAAAAAGGGGGCUCCUUUGUUAAUUACUACAUGUAUCAUGGAGGAACCAAUUUUGGAAGAACAGCUGGAGGUCCUUUCAUUACCACUAGCUAUGACUAUGAUGCUCCAAUUGAUGAAUAUGGGUUGAUAAGACAACCUAAGUAUGGUCAUUUGAAGGAGCUCCAUAAGGCUAUUAAAUUAUGUGAACGAGCAUUGUUAUCUGCUGAUCCUGCUGAGACUUCCUUAGGAACUUAUGCAAAGGCACAAGUAUUCUCUUCUGAGUCUGGAGGCUGUGCAGCUUUCCUCUCAAACUACAAUCCAACAUCAGCUGCAAGGGUGACAUUUAACAGCAUGCACUACAACUUGGCACCAUGGUCCAUCAGCAUCCUUCCUGACUGCAAAAAUGUUGUCUUUAACACUGCCACAGUUGGAGUUCAAACAUCCCAAAUGCAAAUGUUGCCAACAAAUUCUGAGUUGCUCUCAUGGGAGACUUUCAAUGAAGAUAUAUCUUCAGCUGAUGAUGAUUCAACUAUCACAGUUGUUGGUCUCUUGGAACAGUUAAAUGUUACCAGAGAUACCAGUGACUAUCUCUGGUAUUCAACCAGGAUUGAUAUAAGUUCGUCUGAGUCAUUUCUGCAUGGAGGCCAGCAUCCUACUCUCAUUGUCCAGUCCACAGGCCAUGCUAUGCACGUAUUUAUCAAUGGACAUCUUUCAGGCUCUGCCUUUGGGACUCGGGAAGACAGGAGAUUUACUUUUACAGGAGAUGUCAACCUGCAGACUGGGUCAAAUAUAAUCUCAGUACUCAGUAUAGCUGUUGGACUGCCAAACAAUGGGCCACAUUUUGAAACAUGGAGCACAGGAGUCCUAGGACCAGUUGUUCUCCAUGGGCUAGAUGAGGGAAAGAAGGAUUUAUCCUGGCAGAAAUGGUCAUACCAGGUUGGGCUCAAGGGAGAAGCCAUGAAUCUGGUUUCUCCAAAUGUAAUUUCAAACAUUGAUUGGAUGAAAGGAUCAUUAUUUGCUCAGAAACAACAGCCACUUACAUGGUAUAAGGCUUAUUUUGAUGCACCAGAUGGAGACGAACCUUUGGCUUUAGAUAUGGGUAGCAUGGGGAAAGGUCAAGUAUGGAUAAACGGGCAAAGCAUUGGAAGAUAUUGGACUGCUUAUGCCAAAGGUAAUUGCAGUGGGUGCAGUUACUCUGGGACGUUCCGAACUACAAAAUGCCAAUUUGGUUGUGGUCAACCAACUCAAAGAUGGUACCAUGUUCCUCGGUCUUGGUUGAAGCCAACCCAAAAUCUAUUGGUACUUUUUGAGGAACUUGGUGGGGAUGCAUCAAAGAUUUCUUUCAUGAAGAGAUCUGUCACAACUGUAUGUGCUGAAGUCUCUGAGCAUCACCCAAACAUUAAGAAUUGGCAUAUUGAAAGUCAAGAAAGACCCGAGGAGAUGAGCAAGCCCAAGGUUCACCUGCAUUGUGCAUCUGGGCAAUCCAUUUCUGCUAUUAAAUUUGCCAGCUUUGGAACUCCAUCUGGGACUUGUGGGAAUUUCCAGAAAGGAACUUGUCAUGCUUCAACGUCACAAGCUGUCUUAGAGAAGAAAUGCAUAGGACAGCAGAAGUGCUCGGUAGCAGUAUCAAGCAGUAACUUUGCAGACCCAUGUCCAAACAUGUUCAAGAAAUUGUCUGUGGAAGCUGUUUGUGCCCCUAGCACUACGACUAAUGCCUGACCAAAUUCAAGGGUUUGACAUAAGGUCAGGAAAUCAAACUCCACAUAUCCAUUGCCUGCUGCAUUUGUUUUAACUGUGCAUAGCAGCAACUAAAGAAGCAAACAAUGUGAAAUGAAUACAAGUGUAGGAAAAAAUGGCUACUUUAGUUAGUUUUGUGGCAUGUCACAUUCAUUUGUGUAGGCAAAGAAUUGUACUUUGACAGCUACUUGUUGCUGUAAGCAUUUAUCUUUAAUUCAGAGGGUGGCUUUCAUGGAAUAGUGGUGUUUGUGAGGUUCAGUUAACAAGUUUUUGUGGAAA